AGCACCUGAGAUCAAGACUCUGCCGCAGGAGAGAACGUCCCCAAUAUGGUCGGGGUAUUGCGCGCUGCUUCGCUGUUAGCUGUCGCUAUGUUGGCGGCGUGCGCGGAGGCGAAGGAUCGCUGCACUGCUAUUAUCGUCGGAGCGAAGGCAUCGACCACUGGUACACCGAUGACGACGCACACAAACGACUGCUCAUCCUGCGACUUCCGCAUUGCCAAAGUGCCGGCCCAGACGCACGAAGAUGGAGCUCAGCACGACGUCGUGCUCGCAGCUUUCGACUACCCGCGCUACGUGGGUGGCACUCGUGGCAAGGAAUACCUUCCGGAGAAUCUAGACUCGCGUUUCUAUAACUGGACGGCGACCCCUGCUAUUGGCAGCAUCCCGGAAGUGCCUCAGACGUUCGCCUACAUCGAAGGUGCCUAUGGUAUCAUCAACGAACACCAGGUGGCUAUCGGUGAGAGUACGUGUCCCGCGCGGUUCUGGACCAAGCCAGUUACGGAAGGAGGCGAGGCUUUGUUUGAUGUUGGGGAGCUCUCUCGCAUAGCACUGCAACGUGCCCAGACUGCACGUGAGGCAGUCCAGUUGAUGGGAGAUCUUGCCGUGCAAUACGGAUACUACGGUGCUGAAUGGGAAGGCAACGACGUGUAUGACGAGGCCGGUGAAGCACUUACGGUUACGGACACUAAAGAGGCGUGGAUUUUCCAUAUCCUACCGGACGACACUGGCCGGUCGGCUAUUUGGGCUGCCCAGCGCGUCCCGGACGACCAGAUGAGCGGCGUAGCCAACCAAUUCGUGAUCCGUGAACUGGAUUUAGACCGCCCGGCAUAUUUCCUUGCAUCCCCAAACGUCCACGACGUGGCUAUCCGCAACAACCUUUGGAAGCCUGACGACGGCACUCCGUUUGACUUUACUCGCGCGUACGCUCAGCCUCGCAAGGAUACGCAUCAGUAUUACUCCACACGUAGAGUUUGGCGCUUGUUCACACUGGCUAACCCGGAGCUGAAGCUGUCCCCGGAAACUGAUGUACUUGCCAGUGACUACCCGUUCUCCGGCACGCCAUUUGACAUGACCAAGGGACCGAAGAGCGGUCCGUAUGGCGAUCCUGACCGAUACGAUGCAGCCCCGAACGGAGAUCUCACUCAGGAAGACAUUGACCGUGGCCACUUCGAGCGAGCAAUCUCGAUCUUCCGUGCUAGCUACUCGUUUGUAUCCAUCUUGGACCCUUACAACCCGGACAACGCCUUCCUCUGGUUCGGCCAGUAUGCCCCGCACGCCACCACAUACACUCCUGUGUUUGUGCAGUCAACUGAUGUCCCCAAGCAACUCGCACGUGGUUCGUUGUAUGCUUUUGAUCGCGAGUCGUCUUUCUGGAUCCAUGCGCUGGUUGGAAACUGGGCUGCACGCUUCUACUCGUACGCCCGUCCAUUUGUUGCUAGAGUCCAGGACGAGGUGGAGAGUCACGCUGACGGUAUGCUACGUAGCGUGUUGAUCGAGGCUGCACGACACAAACGGGAAGGCGGCGUGCCGGCCAUGGUGGAGUUCCUUACCAAGCAGAGUGACACGUUUGCUCAGCGAGCGCACAAAGCCUCGUCAGAUCUGUUCGACUACCUGGUCACCGCUUUCCACGACGGCUACCAGGUCUCCAACUUUUACGCCAAGAUGCUGACGGUUCAGUCCAUCUUCUACCCCAAGUGGUGGCUGCAGCAGGUUGGCUUCUUCGAUGGUGCAGAAGAUAGUAGUGACGCUGAGCCUGCGUCGACUGAGGCUGCUACCACCGCUCCAACAUCGUCAAGUGGUGGAGCCACUGCCACCGCCAAGGCUGUGAUCGUUGAGGUGGCGCACAAGGGCUCCGUCUCGUACUUUACCACCACUGUUCUUGUGAUCCUCUCGGGGCUUGCUGGCCUCUUCCUCGGGCGCAAGUUCCACGGACCGCUCACGAACAAGAAGCAGGGUUACCGGCCGCUGCAGUAGGCGCACUGCGCUGUCUAUUGUGUUUUGUUGCCUUUAACUUGUGUAGCCAUUUCAAUACUUUGUUCAGAAUGACGGUAAA